AUGUCCUACGCGGUUAAAAGGCCUCGCUUGGCCCUAAGCUGUGUAGUAUGCCGUCGCCGAAAGGUGAAAUGUGGAAAAGAACAGCCCCAAUGCCGCAACUGUGAGCGACUGGGAGAGAUAUGUGGAUAUGACGCAGGUGUUCGUGAUACAGAUACUGGUCGAGUCCUGCGAGUUGAAGAAACGAGAGAGAACCAUCCACCCUCAGUGGCAGCUUCAGGUGAACCAACUUUCAAGGGCCAUGAGAAGUCACCAGCUCAGCCGACUUCUAAUCGCGGAAAGCCUAUUUACCUCGCCCCGGAUUAUCUGACUCUACAGCGAGGGGCUCGUGUCCGACAUGUCAGUAGGACUUUCUGGGGGUUUGUGAAUGGCCAGGAAAGGCUGAAUGAUGCGUUCUUCUACUAUGAGAAACCAAUUCUAGAUGACUUGCCUCCGCCACAUAUCUCAGCCGUCUCUCUCGCAAGGGUUCUCUUUUUCUUGCCCGCGAAACCAGCCGCUGAUGCACUCGUUCAAUCAUUCUUCUUCAGUGUGUAUCCAAUCCAUCCUUUGGUCGACACUUCAACCUUCCAAAUCGAGUACGAGGUUUUCUGGGCAUGGGCUCGAGCUGGAAGUCUCCAACCACCCGCGAGAUUAGUUUCGGAUCCUACAUUCACUUGCCUCUUCUUUGCGGUUUUUUAUGCAGGAGCUUCCGUCAUAUCAUCAUCAACAUGGACAGAUGAUUCAUCUGCGUUGAAAGAUUUGGAUCGUGAGGCAACAAUCAACCAGCUCAAGGCAGCCUGCUCUGAUACGUUGUCUGCAUGUCGACACUCCGAACAUCCAACACUCAACACCCUGGUUGCAUCAAUUCUGGUUCAUGAAUUUUCCAAAAAGAGAUCAUUAAAUGAAGAUGCACUCUUCAUCGCAUCGACCAUCCGUCUAGCUCAGAGCAUGGGGCUCCAUCGAGAAAAUGAUGUUCCCGAUCUCGCUCCCACGAGAGAGCAACGACGGCAGAUAUGGUGGCACAUAGUUUGGUUGGAUGUCCAAUCGAGUCUUGCCAGUGGCUUGCCAACAUGUCUUGGAAAUAGUGCUCUAGAUGGAGUACACAUGAUUUCCGCGCCAGAAGACUGUGCCGUUAAGAAUCUUGCGAUUGGUCGGUAUGAAGCCGCACGGGUACUGAACAAGCUGAUGUCUCUGCUUCAAACCGACGCCUCCUGUAAUGCAGAUCAAAUGUCCCAAGAGAAAUUGAUUGAGCUUUUAGGGGCAGCCAAGUCCCUUAGUCACCUCAUCGAUAUCCUCAUUGUCAAGAUACCUAUCUUCGAAGAUGCCGAGGACAUACUUCCCGGGUAUUUGAGGGAAGCUUCCCUGAAGACGCACCUGGCUCUUUAUCAAGACAAAGGCAAAGCACCUACUUUAAUUGGCGCGUGGGCAAAAACAAGUUUGUGGCUCGUCAAAUUCGAGGUGGCCAUCAUGUUGAGGAAGUUGCUGCUUGGCCCUCCAGAUUCGGUGUCUUCUCAUGGGCCUUGGAAUCGGAUCUUUCAGUUAUCACUACUCUACCUCCGGACAUACCUGAGUCUUUGGAAAGCGUCAGCUUUCGAGCCCUAUGCUUGGUUUCUCGCAGAGUACUAUGGUCCCCAGCAGUGUGCUCUGUUGAUCUUGGUCUAUUUGAUUCAUCAUCAGGGAGUUGAGGAUGAGCCGAGAGCCCGCUACUACGUGGGUAGCUACUUAGAAUUUAUGAGUGGGAGAGAUCCAGCCAUCCCAAAUAAGAAGCCACAAACUCAGAUGGCAGUGAAUGUUAUUCGUGACCUCUGCAGACAGGCGGGCACUCGGAUGUCUUAUUUUGAAGAUAACCCUGUCGAACCUCAAUACAGGAGUGACUUCCGCGAGUUGCAAGAUACAGAUUUGUGGGAUUCUGUCACGAGUGACUCCGAAUGUGGCUUGCAUGGCGCAGAUCUUCAUUUAUAA